AUGCCUUCUCUUACUGAUCUCGAGAGCAAAAUUGGGGGCUCGGAUUAUGAGGUUGUCAUAGUUAACAGAAAAAUAGAUCCUGCUUUGGAGGAGUUGAUGCAGAUAGCACACUGCAUUGAAUUGAGCUGCCCAAAAUCUGAACUUGUUCUGCUUAUACAACGACUAGCUGAACUUGUUACAGAGCACUUGGGUGGCCAUGUACGUGAUGCAAAUCUUAUGCUGGCUAAGUGGAUGGAGAGAAGCAUGGACUUACGGACAUCACUUCAGACCACCAUGCUGCCUAUUGGAUCGUUGAGAAUUGGUCUCUCACGGCACCGUGCGCUGCUUUUCAAGGCAUUAGCUGAUAGUGUCGGACUACCCUGUAGACUAGUGAAGGGCAGUCACUACACUGGUGUUGAGGAUGAUGCUGUUAAUGUUGUAAAGCUACAGGAUGAUAGUGAGUGCUUGGUUGAUCUCAUGGGAGCCCCUGGGACACUUAUCCCUGCUGAUGCUCUGAGUGGGAAAGAUGCUGCUCUGUCAAACAAUCCACAACAAGGUGAGGAUAAUGCGCAGGUUACACCAUCCAAAUGUAGUUCUUUUUAUGGGUGCAGUAACUCGCCCCCCCCCAACCUCUCUAUCAUCACCGAGUUCCUUCCUCGUGGAAGCUUAUAUCGGAUAAUUCAUCGCCCUCAUUGUCAAAUUGAUGAAAGGAGAAGAAUAAAAAUGGCUCUUGAUGUGGCUAAAGGCAUGAACUGCUUGCACACAAGCAUACCGACAAUUGUUCACCGUGAUUUAAAAUCACCCAAUCUUUUGGUGGAUAAUCAACUGGAAUGUCAAGUUGGAAGUUUUUUACGAUACUAUGUGCAGGUGGGUGAUUGUGGAUUGUCUCGAUUGAAACACAAUACUUUUUUGUCUUCGAAGUCAACAGCUGGAAUACCGGAGUGGAUGGCCCCAGAAGUACUCCGAAAUGAGCCUUCAAACGAAAAGUGUGAUGUAUAUAGCUUUGACGUUAUUCUAUGGGAACUUGCAACUCUCAAGUUGCCCUGGACCGGGAUGAAUCCAAUGCAAGUGGUGGGUGCUGUAGGUUUCCAACAUCGACGACUCGACAUCCCAAAGGAAAUGGACCCCCUAGUAGCUAGGAUAAUAUGGGAAUGCUGGCAAAUGCCCCCGUCGGGAAGAACAAUUACCGCCGAUGAAGGAGAAGUGGUUGUCGUCGAGGAAGGAGAAGUGGAGGCCUUCGCCGAUAAGACCUCGGUAGCAGCGUGCCGGAUGUUCGUGAGGAAAUCGAAUAUGUUGAUGGUGAACUGA